CGUGCUCUUUCUCGCCCGGUGGUGCCACGAGCAUCAUCAUCACGACCACCAUGCCUCGAGGAUUCUUGGUAAAGAGGACUCGGCGAGGUGCGGCGUCGUAUCGACCGCGCAAAAGCAACAAACUCACCCAGUUUGAUGAUAUCCAUACCCACCACCGGGAGGCUGAAGUGAGUGAACCUGAGCCGGUGAAGAAAAACCACGUGUGGGGCGUCCCGAGCCCCGACGUGGCGCCCCCGCCGGCGCCCCGCGAGGACUCCGCAGGUGUCAACGAAGUGUGGAAUCUUCACGUGGAGUCGGCAGUAGAGGCAGAAGCCGACCGCCGCGCGCAGUUGCCGGACCCCGAAGUGGACGUUGCCACCCCCGCGGGUGACUUCUCCUGCUUCCUCCCUCCUCCAUUAAGAGAAGCCCUUAGCGCCAAACUCGAGGAGCCGCGCGGCGAUGGAGAAAAGACACAGACAUUCACAGACAUGUGCUUAUCCUCAUCUCCGGAGACAGAUUUGCCGUUUUUGGUGAGUUCAACGCUGACGUCGAUGCGAGUAACAACCCCCAACACGCAUUUUUCUUCUUACGGUCCAAUUCCGAAAUACGAGUCCGACAUGGCGCGCUUGUUCCCGCCGCUUAUUAACCACGCAGGUGUGAGAAAACGCUCUCUCCCGGAGUCGAAUAGACCCAACAAAGUCAAAGGAAAAGUGAAUAGGAAGCUUACUUUCGAGGACGAAGUGACCACCUCUCCGGUUUUAGGUCUGCGCAUCAAGAAGGAAGGGCCGGAAGCAGCGAGGCGACAACACCGCGACAAGUCGUCCGGAAGUCAACCGCUCGGGGAGUUCAUCUGCCAGCUUUGUAAGGAGGAGUACGCCGACCCUCUCUCCCUCGCUCAGCACAAGUGUUCACGUAUCGUACGCGUGGAGUACCGCUGCCCCGAAUGCGACAAAGUGUUCAGCUGUCCCGCCAACCUGGCCUCGCACCGCCGCUGGCACAAGCCGCGCCCGGUUGUCACCGACCCGACCGGAAGUCAGUCUCCCUCGGCGAAUAAACUCGAGGCGGACGGGAGGGAAAACGAGUCGAUGCGUGGAGUCAAUCAGCACCGAGCGGCGCGGGACAGCUCCGCGGCCCCAGAUUCCUCCUCGCCCCAUUACCCGCACGACACAACUCCGCCGGGUUUGUUCGUGUUCAACUCGUACGAGCCUCUAGAGUUUAGCCACGAGGAAGAAGAGGAAGCCGAGCUCUACGAUUGUCGCUACUGCGGGAAAAAGUUCCGUCGGCAAGCUUACCUGAAGAAGCACAUGGCGGCGCACGAGAUGGCGACUUCCAGCCGCCAGGUCGUGUUCGUGUGUCACCUGUGCGGCGCUCGCUUCCCGUCGGCCGACGUCCGGGACAAGCACCGCGUGUGGCACGCCAUGCGGGACGAGCUCCUAGGAAGAGACGGCUUCGUGGCGGAGGGAUACGGCAUGAAUAGGGAGCGCGAGCAGCAAAUCUUCACGUGCAAACUUUGUUCCGCUACCUUCUUCAGUUCACCGGGGCUCGCGAGGCACAUGAAUAAGUCUCAUCCCGGAGAGAACAUGCACGUCAUCAUGCACAUGGCCGUCACGAACUGACACGUCCCCGUUUUUACUUGCGAUCACUGUAUUUUUGGAAGAUGUGACCAGAAUUAGUCUAUAUCCGGAAUCUAACGCAGCAGUAAGUCGCCCAGAUAGCAGAACGACGUUGAAAAGAUGUUGGAUCAACAUUCCGCUGUCGAUCUUAUAUCGUUGAAUGAAUCAACGUCACUUUUGCACCCUCAAUUAAUGUCGUUUCAACGUUGAAAUCCUUACAAAACCUAAACGAUUAUUAGUAAUAUUGGAAAAACGCUGAAUCAGUGUUAUGUUUUCGACCAAAACACCCGCUCAUCCAUAAUUCAAUGACUUUUCAAUCAUAUUUCCCGGUCAAUCAUAAAUAAACUAUUUGUCAACAUUAGUUCAUCAACUAUAAAACAAUGUUAACCCAACCAUCGCCUGACAUAGGACGUCUCUUGACGUCGAAAAUUUCGAUGUCAACCAUACUGAUCAUUUUGAUGGAAAAUCAACCUUUAUUCAAUGUCGAUCUGCUAUCUAGAUUUUUUUCUUUGGUAUGAAAACCACUUCCAGACAAUAAAAAUAAAGCAGUUGAAUUAGGGGUGGGGAAAAAAACCUUUCAAAUCCGAUCGGCAUUCUCAUAAAUCCUGUCUCUAAUCUAGUGCAAGUGUUGGAUCUGCAAAUUUACAUUUUAUUAGGAACUGUUUGCAUUAUUUCCUCCCUGACCCACUGUCAACAAAUCCACUGCCAUUGACAGUUAUAAACAUAAUUCAAUUUCAAAUGAGAUGUAUAGCAUUGAGUGAUCAUGUUUCACUGUCAUUGACGGCGAUAGACGUCCAAUCCGAUUUGACUGGUUCAUUCAGUCGUCCCUCCCAGGAAAAUGGAUUAGACAUCUAGCUGCGCCAAUUGCGGCCAAUGAGCUAAAUAAGGCAAACACCCCCCAAAAAACAAAACAAAAAAAAAUAAAAAUUGGCACUCCAACGCUAUAACAAUAAAAGUCAAACCAAUACUCUGACAGUAUAAAUCAAACUGUCCACAAUUACAAUUACCUGACAGAUUCUUUUUUUAAAAAUCUGCCACUAUUUAUAAUUAGAAAAAUGAAUGAUGAACUAUCCGUGGUGCUGAAAGUACAUUUGUAGGUUUAAUAAAAGCCAAACAGAAGCCAAGAAACAAAAAAGUGUUUUUAUUUUUGAAAAGUACUUAUAAUGUAUACAUAUAAUAAAUACAUAUAAUUUUGUUUUGUUUCUUUAUAAUGCCAUUGUUUUUCGUUUCUUGUUCAUUUGAAUUGGACUGGCGAGCAUGGCGCUUUCAUUGUGGAAACGUUUAUCAAAACCAACAAAUCUGUAACCGCAACACAACGAGUGCUCUGCUUGCUCUUCAAUCUUGGUAGACAUGAUCCCGUAUCAGCUCGAACCACGAUGUUGUUAUGGGUUACCAACUUCGGAGCUACAGGAUCUGCAUUGAAAUGAAAAUCAACCGGCCGGCUUUGCACGGCCAAAACUCAAGGUAAUGUGGUAGUGGUAAUAACAUUAAUAGUAAUUAAUUAGUAAUAACAUGAUAAUAACUGAUCCCGUAUGAAUAAUUUAAUUUUAAAAACCUAAUGAAACAAAACGGGAUUAUAUGUACUUUUAAAAAAUAAAACUAUUAUUAUUUUUUUUUACUUUAGUUGGUUUUUAUUAAACCUACAAAUGUGUCAGAUCAUUUUGCCUGACACAUGACUGCUUUAUAUAGGUUCCUUCACAAGUUUGAUAUCAAAUACUAGAUACCAUCUUUAUUGUCAUAUCUAUCUCACCCAUUGUAUAUUAACAGAACACAUGAUUACACAACAAAUGCUGUGAAGUACACAGAUUAUACUUUAUGUCAUGCGACUUGAACAAUUGACCAUCCAAGAUGUUAAGAUUUUUUCAGUACCUAGGAUGGAAAUGUAAUACUGUAAAAUACCUUUUAUAUUACACAUGGCAAUUGACAUGGGCAUCAAAUAUUUUCGUACAGAAAUGGAAUUUUACAUUCAUUCCUAUAGUAUUAUGUCUAAUGAGUAUAAACUACUGUUUAAACACCUAAUAAAAUCAUUUUUGGCGCCCAAUAUUUGAGUAAUUUAAUGCAGUUUGUAUACUGUAUUUUGAUAUGUUU